AUUAGAGGACUUAGUCGUAGGAUUCAACUGCUUUUAUUUUUUUCUACACUCCUUUGUCAACCGUUAAAGUGAUAACAAGUGCAAAGUGGAGAAAAAUGAAGGCAGCUAUAGUUUGUGCAUUAUUUUGUGUUUUAAUUGGUGCGGCUUCAGCAAAUUGGGAUACAAAUUUCCAAUUGUUUAAAUUGAUUCAAGAAGGAGAAUAUGAAAAUAUUGUGAGAAAAUAUGCGGAAAUAGGCACGGCUCUCUCAAAUAUAACAACAAGCAACAUCAUUACAACGAUUUGUUCCUUUUUUCCCGAGGAUCAAGGACCACCAGCACCGAAUACAUACCCACUAUUAUUUCAAGAAGAGGAAGAGGAUAAUGAAAAUAUCUUUUGUCUGGUCCAAUCACUGGAAUUUAUUCAGCAAUUUUGUCACGGUGCACUCUGGCCAAUUUUCAUGGUUGAUUCUUGGGCAAAAAUCCAAUCUGGAUUUGCAAGAGGAAAUAUCAGAAAUCCGGGACAUUUCACACAGUGCAUCAAUCUUCACGCACCGAUUACUAAUGAAUAUGCUGGUGGUGACUUUUAUGGCAAACAUGUUGAACUUCAAAUUGGAAAAUACAUUAAUGGAUCAUUCGAUUUUGAGUCACUUCCACCAUUUUUACAAUUUGUAUUGCCAAAUGAUACAAUUCUAGAUAUUGGAUCCUUAAUCCCAGAGAAUCUACCUCUUUUCAUCGAAAUGGGAAUUUGUGUACCAAAAAUUUGCCCUAAUGAUCUAGUUUUAACAAUAACAAGACUAAUCACCUGGUAUCUCGGACUUGGACCAACUCAAUUUACAGUUAAUAACUUGGAAGCAUUUACAAAUGUCGCGGAAAAUCCACCUCUUGGACCAAUGGAAUGGGGUGCCAUAUCUUUGAUGCUCAUAGGUUUUGUUGGGGUUGCAAUAUCAACAAUAUAUGAAGUCGUUUGCUUAAAGCUUGAUAUGGAUGUUAGCGAAACGACAGCUGCAAUGUCCUUGUAUUCAAAUGGAAAAUAUCUUUUCAGUAUGAGGCAGAAGAAAGAUAACAAUAUGCAAUGUCUAUAUGGAUUGCGAGCUUUAGCUCUUAUCUGGCUAAUGCUCGGUUAUCGCUUUAUUUUGCCUUUAAUUCUUCCGCUCAUCAAUCCUGUUGAUUUUAUUUUAGAUUUUACCGAAAGCUAUUUUGCUCCGUGGGUAUUUGGCUCACAAUUUGGCGUUGAUGCACUUCUUUUUGUUAAUGGAACACUCAUUGCAUACUUAUUUAUGAAGAAAAUGGAUAAGAGUGGUCAUGUUAAGAUAUGGAAACUAUACAUCAUGCGAUUUAUGAGAGUUACUCCAUUUAUUGGAAUUUUGAUCUUCUUUUCGUUUACUUUGACACCAUAUUCUAGUGAAGGACCUUACUAUCAGUUUUUGACAGGAGCACAAAUACCAGCUUGUGAGGAAUAUUGGUGGUCAGCUAUGCUUCAUGUUCAAAAUUAUGUUAAUCCUGAUUCAAUUUGUCUACUUCAUACUUACUUCUUCAGCAUUGACAUGCAACUUUACUGGGCUGCACCGCUUCUUUUAUUCCCAUUGUACUUCUUGGGACCAUUUAUUUUGGUCUUAAUUACCAUUAUAGUCGGAUUGACCAUUGCAUGUGCAGCAACUAUAUCUUAUUAUUAUGGAUUCGAAGCAUUUUUGUUUAAUAAUAUUAUUCCUGUGACCCGUUUGAUGGAUUAUAUGCGAAUGAUUUUCUUCUCAACACAUAUUAGAAUGGGUCCAUGGUUGAUUGGAAUUAUGUGCGGAUAUCUCUCAUACAGAUUGAUAAAAGAAAAAGCAAAAAUUAAUUGGUUCAUUUCGGCUUUCUUCUGGAUAGUUUCAAUUUCCGGUAUUUUCACAGUCAUUUAUCUUCUAUAUCCAUUCCACCAAAUUUUAGAUAACAAUACAUCAAGAGAAGCUAAUUAUCUUUACAUCGGUUUCGCAAGAAAUAUUUUCGCUUUAUGUCUCGCCUGGUUUGUGAUUGGCUGUGCUACAGGAAGUGGAAGCGUGAUCAGAUGGCUUUUAUCACUUUCAAUCUGGAUGCCAUUUGCAAAAAUGAGUAUCAGUAUCUACAUUGUUUCAUUGAGUGCUCAAAUGGUCACAAUUGCUUCAUGGAAAACACCUUAUUUUUUUGGAGUUUCUGAGAUGUUGCAGGCAUUCAACAGUGAUAUUUUGAUAGUAUUACUGUUCUCAUGUAUGACUUUCUUGAUGAUAGAAAGACCAAUUGUACGAGUUUUAAAAGUUAUUCUCAGAAUUGGGCAGAACAAGGAGUCUGAAAAGGAAGGAAUUGAUAGUGAAUUAACGUUUGAUAGACAAAGUCCAUGGAAGAGUUUCUAUUAAAAAUUUUGUUAUAAAAAUUUUGGAAUUAAAAAUGUUUGUUUGGGUUUUACAAUUG